AGCCUCAAGCCACUCUCGUCGUGUACACGUUCUUCCUUUUAGCCGGAGGAAGAAUGUUGUUGACAGAGGCGGUGAGAAAGAUCUAUUCAUCAUCCAUAUAGACGACGACAUUUUAUAUUAAUUGUCUCUCUCUAGCUAGGGCUUUGGAUGAUUAGACCCUGAGAGAUAUUGAAAUGGGUAAUUGCUUUGGAUCCACCUCAAAGAAGAAUGCUAAUGAGGAUGUUCAUGUUAACUCCUCCUCCUCCUCACUGAACUCCAAACCCUUUUCACGAGCUGAUAGUGAUACUGGAAGAAGCUCGAAUCUUUCAUAUCCUUGGAGUUUAAAACCUCUCAUUACAAGAAAAUGUGAAGCUAACAGCACUCUACCUGCACCGCGCGAAGAAGGAGACAUCAUGCAUUCUCAAUAUUUGAAGUCCUUUACGUUAGAUGAGCUAAAGAACGCUACGGGAAACUUCUGUCCAGAGAGUCUAAUUGGAGAAGGAGGGUUUGGUUUUGUUCACAAGGGCUGUGUUAACGGUGGACCUGGAAUCGAACUUGCAGUUGCUGUAAAGAAGCUUAAAACUGAAGGGUUUCAAGGACACAAGGAGUGGCUGAGGGAAGUGAAUUAUCUUGGAAGAUUGCAUCAUCCAAAUCUGGUGAAAUUGAUUGGUUACUCCUUGGAAGAUGAACAACGUCUUUUGGUUUACGAGUAUAUGCCUAAUGGUAGUCUUGAAAAUCAUUUGUUUGAAAGGGGUUCCAAUGUGCUUUCUUGGUCACUGCGUAUGAAAGUAGCUAUUGGUGCUGCUAGAGGGCUAUGCUUUUUGCACGAAGCUAAGGACCAAGUCAUUUACAGAGACUUCAAAGCAGCAAAUAUCCUUCUUGAUUCAGGAUUCAACCCAAAACUCUCAGAUUUUGGGCUGGCUAAAGAAGGUCCAACAGACAACCGUUCACAUGUGACAACCGAAGUCAUUGGUACAGAAGGUUACGCAGCUCCAGAAUAUCUAGCAACAGGUCAUCUAACAACGAAAUGCGACGUCUACAGCUUUGGUGUAGUCUUACUAGAGAUUCUCUCUGGACGUAGAGCCAUAGACAAAACCAAAGCUCGAGAGGAAGAAAGCCUAGUGGAAUGGGCAAAACCUUACUUGCGAGACAAGCGAAAAGUGUUUAGGAUAAUGGACACGAAGCUUGUGGGUCAAUACCCUCAGAAAGCAGCGUUUAUGAUGUCUUUCUUGGCUUUACAAUGUAUCGGAGAGGUUAAAGUAAGACCAUCGAUGCCUGAGGUCUUGUCUCUUCUUGAGAAAGUUCCAUUUCCAAGACAUAGAAAGAGUAGAAGCAGAGGUUUUGCUACUAACUCUUCUUCCAAACGGUUUCUCAGACACCCUAACUAAUUAAGGGAUCGACUAAAACUUUGGCUUUUGGAUCGUUCUUUCUUUUGUGGAAAUGAAAUAUAAAAACUUUUAUU